UCGCUUCUAAUUUUAGCUCACUUCAUCUGCAAGGAAACUUCAGCUUGAAUUCUAGAGAGAGAGAGAGGAAUCUAGAGAGAGAAAGAGAAAGAACACAGACCAAGAGGAAUCCUCUUGCCCAAAAAGCUCAAAGAAAGAGGAUAAUCUUUUGUGCUCUAAUCUAGGUUGAGACUCUGUAAGAAAACCGCUGCUUUAGCGUCAAUCUUUUAGAGAGAGAAAGUGGAGACAAGUUGAGUGGAGAGCUGAUUUAGAGCUAUCUUUUAGAGAGAGGAUUUCUCUAAAGAAUCUGAUUUCUCUUGAACCCACAACAAAUUGCAUAUUUUUUAGAGUUGGGUUAUUGUUUGUAAGAGAGAAAAUUGAAAAUUCUUGGUGGGGGAUCGAAAUUCUUUUGUAGAGAGAGAAAUGACCUCGGAUUUGGAGUUGCCUCCUGGAUUCAGGUUUCACCCAACUGAUGAGGAAUUGGUGAUGCAUUAUUUGUGUAGAAAGUGUGCCUCUCAGCCCAUUGCAGUCCCCAUAAUUGCAGAGAUCGACUUGUACAAGUAUGAUCCAUGGCAGCUUCCUGGUGUGGCAGUAUAUGGAGAAAAAGAGUGGUAUUUUUUCUCACCAAGAGACCGAAAGUACCCCAAUGGGUCUCGACCAAACAGGGCAGCAGGGUCUGGUUAUUGGAAGGCAACGGGUGCUGAUAAGCCCAUUGGACUUGGGCCUUCCAAGUCUAAUAACAAGAAAGCAGUUGGGAUUAAGAAGGCACUGGUCUUUUAUUCAGGGAAACCACCCAAGGGUCAGAAGACCAAUUGGAUAAUGCAUGAGUAUAGAUUGGCUGAUGUUGAUCGUGCUCCUCGCAAAAACAACAACCUUAGGCUUGAUGAUUGGGUCCUAUGCCGGAUUUACAACAAGAAAGGGAGCCUUGAAAAGGCCUCAAGGGAGGCCAAGUGGGGCCAGCCGCCCCUCGAGUCGACGGUGGAUCGGAAACCGCUGGUGGGGCCCAUGCCAGCUCCAAUCGUGCAGCCACAGCUGGAUGUAAUGCAAAUGGAGGGCUCAGAUUCCGCACCGAGGCUUUACACGGACUCCAGCUGCUCAGAGCAUGCGCCUGAGUUGGCCUGUGAGAGGGAGGUGCAGAGUGAGGCCAAAUGGAGAGAGUGGGAUUGGAAUGGAAUGGGCUUGUUGGAUGAGCUUUUGCUCAAUACUAGCAAUAGUAACCCUAACCCCUUACCUCCUUUAGACCAGCUUAAGGACCCUUUCUACCAGGACUUCCUUUUCUAUACCCAAAAGCCCUUUUAAUUGAGGGUAAAAUUAUUAUUAAAAAAAAAAAGGGAUCAGACCCCAUUAAAUCUCAAAUUUAAGCUUGCUUGGGUCAUUAUAGUUUUAAAUGGAGGGGUGAUUUAUUGGGAAUGAUGAACCCAAAUACAAAAAGAUAAGAAAGAGGAGGGGCAAGUCCUUUGAUGCCAUAUACUUAAAGGGUAUGCAAGCCUUGUGUUGUAGCUGUGCUUCCCCAAAAAGUAGAAAAUUCUAAACAUUCUUUCUCCUUUUCCUUUCUGUAUCAUUGUGGGUCUCUUUGUUUUCUCUUUUAGGGUCAUUUUAGGGGAGAUAGGUCAAGUAUUUGGGUUGGGAUUGGGCCUGCCUUGUAUAGUAUUUGUAGCCUAAUUAGCUUGGGACCCCAUUAUAUGUUGUACUCUUGUGAAUAUGACCAAGUGGCUUCACAGGUUAGAGCUUUGCUAUAUAUGAGUGUAGGAUGGUGGAGUAUAUAUGAGUGUAGGAUGGUGGAGGGAUGCCUGGUGGAAUGAGAGGUACUUGUGUGUAGCAUUGUGUGAUGGCUUCUUUGUCAUGAGGUAAAUGGGGGCAUUUUAUGACCUUCAAGAGCUUGGUGGAAGGGUCCAUAAUUCACUGAUGAUCAACAUUCUUCUUGGAGGAUGCCCAAACUCUUGGUGUAUUCAUUUGUUGAUGCUGAUUCAUUCAAGAGUGAAAUUGGAUUGGGAAAAUUCAACAAGAAGUAUCUUUAGGGGAACACUUUUGUUGCAUGUAUUACAUGAAAUUAAAAUCAAAUAUUUUCAUUUUUCAAUGUGGGUACAUUUUGUGUUCUUGGUGAGAAAUAUUUGAUCAAUAAGCAGAGGAAUUUCAUGGCA